GCGCUCAAACAGGGCACACAUUCAAAACUGUGACUGUGCUGAAAUCACAUCAGAAGCAGCAGGCAGUGACUUAAUUUCUGUGUGGAGAGGGUGUGUGGCCUGCAGAUCUUCACUGACGACUCAAGGCGGUCUAUGGGAAGUCAUGCAUGGAUGAGAGCACAGUUAGGAGAUGGAUGAGAACGCAGCCAAAAAUUGAUGAACUCGUCCAAAAUGAUGGGUGUGUCACAACCAGUGAGAUGCAUGAGGCUAUCAGUAUUGGUCAAAGUGUUCUUCAGAAAAUCAACACCCUCAGAAGUCAUUUCAGGAUGACAAUCAAGUCAAGGAGGUUGUCAACAAGUGGCUUCAAGAUAUUAGCAAGGAAAUUUACUGCAAUCUCAUACAAACCCUCGUGAAACGCAAGCAAAAGUGCCUUGAUUGCAAUGGGGACUACAUUGAAAAAUAGUCAGGCCUUCAGAGAGCACUAGGCAACUCACCUAAAAAGUUUGGAGCCAUUCUCUUAAAAGGGCAGCGAAGGAAAUGGCAUCUCGCCGAUUGCUGGCAAAAGUUUACACAAGCCACACACUUUCGGCAUGGGGCGAUCGAAUGUGGACAUUUGCGAUUGGACUCUUCCUCGUCCAGCUGGCUCCUGAAUCCCUUCGCCUGACUGCCAUCUAUGGCAUUGUUGUCUCCUGUACCAUCCUGUUCUUCUGCUCCACCACUGGGGACUGGGUUGAUCGAUCCCCUCGCCUUCGGGCUCUUUGCACUGAGAAACCUGAUAUCUCCCCUUUUGUCCUCUACGCUGAGAUGAUGAAGUAUCGAAUGAAAGAACUGAAGACUCGCAGGUUCAUCGCCGUGAUAAUAUCAAGACUCGUCUCAUCCUGGAUAUUACGUUCGUGUCGAGUCCGCCUGGAUCGACGGCAACGAACCGGAGGGGAUGAUGAAGUACGGUGGAGCGACGUCACCAGAGUGUCAAAGGACGUGGAAGAUGACCCGGAACUCUUUAUGCGCCUGUUUUCAUCUUACCCCGCUCGUCUGAAAGCAGUCAGAGACACACGGAUGAGAUGGAAACGGAAGUGGGCGGAGUGGAGAUCACUAUCCAGACUGGAAGGGGAGAGGCAACCGUUCGCCCCGGAGGCGAAAAUGUCGAGGGAUAAAAAGGGCUGGAGCAUCCCCGUUUCCGUGCAGUCUUCCUGGGUACGGUCGUGUGUCUCCAUGUCCCAUGGGUCUGGUCUUGGAGGGAUGGAGGGUCGUCGUCUCUGUGGAGUCAUGAAGACUGGUCGUUCCGGUCAGCGCCAUCUCUUCAAGCGCCAUCUCUCGAUGAGCAUGAAGACUGAGGAUAUGGAUCAUCGCCAUCUCUGGACGGUUCUAAAAACAGAGAUCCCGAUGAAUGCCAUCUCUGGAGAGCUUCAGGGCCAAGAGCUUCAG